GCUUCCACGACAGCCGCAGACUAUCCAAAUCUCCAACAUUGUUACUUCGUAGUCAACUUCUGAAUGAAUGAUUUCCCUUUCGAAAUCAAUCGUAUCAAAAUCUAUGCUCCAGCACAUUCUUUCAACUCGAGCACUCUAAUCUCCAGAUUCUGCUGCCUUUGAUCAUUACUGCUUCAAUGGCUUCCAUUUCUAGAGUUAUACUCAAAUCCCAUAAGCUUGGAGCACAUGAUGCUCUGCGUAAUUCAGUAUCUCCCACUCCUACUUCCAAGCGUCAUAAUCUUACCCAUUUGGUUGCAAAAGGUGGGCUUUCUCUGCCUGAUGGAAGAAGCCUUGCGAUCAGAAGCAAGUUGAAGGCUCCAAUUGGUGCUGUUACGGCAACCUCUUCAACCAAUCAAAUGUCAAGGCUUAGGCACACUCAGAUUUUGUGCAAGGCUACAGCAGAUGUAUCUGGAAAUCCUCCUGAUAGAGCUGGUGGGAUGAACCAGUAUGAGAGGAUAAUUGAAACCUUAACCACUCUUUUUCCAGUGUGGGUCAUCUUGGGGGCCAUUGUUGGCAUUUACAAGCCAGCUGCUGUAACUUGGUUGGAGACAGACUUGUUUACCCUUGGCUUGGGUUUCCUCAUGUUGUCUAUGGGCCUUACAUUGACAUUUGAGGAUUUCAGGCGAUGUCUACGAAAUCCAUGGACUGUGGGUGUAGGAUUUCUUGCACAAUAUCUGAUCAAACCCAUGUUAGGGUUUGUCAUUGCAAUGGCUCUAAAACUUUCAGCCCCUCUGGCAACUGGUCUUAUUCUGGUCUCAUGCUGCCCUGGAGGUCAGGCAUCAAAUGUUGCUACCUACAUAUCCAAGGGAAAUGUUGCUCUCUCUGUUCUUAUGACAACGUGUUCAACAAUUGGAGCUAUUGUAAUGACACCACUCCUCACCAAGCUUCUUGCUGGCCAACUUGUUCCAGUUGAUGCUGCUGGCCUAGCUAUUAGCACAUUUCAAGUUGUUUUAGUGCCAACAAUUGUGGGUGUUUUGGCGAAUGAAUUUUUCCCCAAGUUUACCUCAAAGAUAAUUACAGUUACACCUUUGAUUGGAGUAAUCUUGACCACUCUUCUUUGUGCUAGCCCGAUCGGGCAAGUUGCUGAUGUCUUGAAAACUCAAGGCUCACAGUUGAUACUGCCAGUUAUUAUUCUACACAGUGCUGCAUUUGCUCUUGGUUAUUGGAUUUCGAAAAUCUCGUUUGGUGAAUCAACAUCCCGCACAAUAUCUAUAGAAUGCGGGAUGCAGAGCUCUGCACUGGGAUUUUUGCUUGCUCAGAAGCACUUUUCAAACCCACUCGUAGCUGUUCCUUCUGCCGUGAGUGUUGUUUGCAUGGCGCUUGGGGGCAGUGCUCUUGCUGUGUUUUGGAGGAACAGGCCAAUUCCCCUUGAUGAUAAGGAUGACUUCGAGGAAUAAUAAUUUCUUGUUCAUCCUAAUUAUUAUUUCUGUGUCUUGUGUUAUCUUUUAGAGCGGAGGGGAAGUUUCCAUCAUUUUGAAUUCAGGAGUCGUACUAUGUGACAAAGCUUAGAAUUGAGGAUCCAUGAAACGGGGUGAGUCGCAAUUAUGGAUAUUAUUAAUAUUCUAUCUGGGAUUAAGGUCCCACGUAGUUCUCCCAAUUAUGAUUUUCAUUCUUAGGAUCUGAGAAAUUUUGAUUGGAGGAUUAUGUUUGACCCAUUCUCCAAUAAUGGUUGUGCUGUAGCUGGGAAGGGGACCCUCUCUCAAGUUAUCAAUAUACAAUUUUCCCCCUUAUUCAUUAUUUGGGUAUGUCGAAUCGGUUUGUAUGUUAGAUUGAUAUUAAUUUUUCC